AUGGUCUCCACACGCCACCACCCGCGCGAAUUCCCCCCGGCCGUCCUCGGCGCCUCGCCCACGAAGUCGCCCGCCAAAUCCUCGCGCACCUCAACCUCAUCGCCCACGCCUUCCUCGCCCGCCACGCCCUCGAAAUCCCUCACGAAGCGCGCCCUCACCAACUCCAUCGCCGCAAGCCCCUCGUCUCCCCCCGCCGCCGUAUGGGCGCACACGGCCUCAAACGUCACCGUCGCCUGGAUCCUCGUGUCGCUGCCGGUCGUCGUCUGGGACGCGCUGUACUGCCUGCUGCGCCCGCACACCAUGGCAGGCGGUGCGCUGCAGUGGCCGCUGUGGAAGCCGUACGAGCUGUACGCCUCGAUCGACUACGUGUACGGCUGGCCGGCGUGGGAGGCGCGCGACGGGUUCACCGCGGCGCAGGCGUGGCUGAACAUGGUCGAGGUCAUUGGAUACGGGCUGUACAUCACGAUUCUCUACGACCACGGGGCGUCGGCGGCAGGGGGCAGGGGAUUGCAGUUUGGGCACGGGGUCGAGGGGUGGUUUGCGGGGGGGAGGAGGGUGCAGGGGAGGCAGGCGAGUCGGGCGGUGGUGAUUGCGUUUGUGGCGAGCGUGAUGACGGCGAGCAAGACGGUGCUGUACUUUUUGAAUGAGGCGUGCUCGGGGUUUAAGAAUGUGCGGCAUAAUGAGUGGGUGGUGCUGGUGCCGCUGUAUAUUGCUACGAAUGGGAUAUGGCUCGUCAUGUCUUCGUACAUGACUUACGUCUUUGGCGCUGAGAUCAUUGAGGGCCUCGACGCUGCAUCAGGGGUUAAUUCAAAGAAGGAUCAGUAG